AUAAGUUUCAAGCUUUGUCUGUGGGUUAUCUAACACACUCUAUUUCAAGCUUCUUCCUUUUUGGGUCGCAUAAAGAUCUCUAAUUUCAUCCUAAUUUACUGCAGUGAAUCUUUCUUUGCAUCCUCCAUGGAUGCAAUUGAGCUUCUAAAUGAUUUCCCCUAUUUCAAGGGAGAAGAAUUGGAGAGAUGGGUCUCCUCUGGCAAACAUUGCAGCAUGGUUGAGCUCUUUGUGCGUGCCAUAAAGCUUCUAAAAGAUUUCCCCUAUGCUACAGUACAAGAUGUGGAGAUGAUUUUCCUCUCGCCCCACGGCAACAUAAUCUACACUUUCUUCGGAAUGGGAAUCGAUAUGCAUUGUAUCAGUGCUCCACGAGAAGCCGAAAAACUUGAAGGCAAAGAUUCCAUAUCCUAUAAAAGAUGUAACGUUGCUGGUGAUUAUGUUAAAGCUGGGCCUUUACUUCAUUUGCAUUCACUACAUGUACAACCAAAAGAUGCUAUAAAAGACACACCACUCUCCAUAUAUGGUACGGUCCGGGUGAAGUAUGACCAUAUCCAGAGUGGAAAACCAAUGCAGCUUGAUGUUUACAGCCGAAGUGCUGAUGAUGCCGACUCCAUUAGCCCCAACGGUGGUAAUUUCACUCUUGGUUUGUGUGGUACUUCCUUAAGUCGUCGUUAUGAUAUGUGGGUGGGAUUGCAAGGAACAACCAUAGAGGUGGAUCUCCAUCUCAAAAUUGGGGAUGAGGUUGUUCCGUUGGCUCAAGAUGAAAUUUUGGUGGGGGAGACAACUGAAGGUGAUCUUGAAGAAGUAAGAUCAAAAGAAUUUCAUGGCUUACUUUGCUCAGCUACCUUGGUUUAUAUUGCUAUGCCAUUUGCUGUUCUUUGCCUAGUGGAUAUCAGUCUCUCUAGCAAAGACAAGGGCCGAGUUGUUAAUGUUGCUGGAAAAAUUGCUGCCAGAUAUAAGAGCACUUAUGGCAAUUAUGAUUCACAAGAAUUUGUUCUUUUUGAGAAGCAGAAUGAUUUUGAACCGCUAAACAUGGAGAAUGACACGACGACGUGGAGCACAUGGAUGGGGUUGCCAGCAUAUUCGACUCUUGAACUUGAUGUGGACUUGACUGACUUCAACACAAGGCGAAAGCUUAUUAAAAAGACAGUUGAAUUGUUUAAGUCGAAUACUACAUAUGCAGAUUCUUGUGCAGUGGUUGAGGGUGAUUUUGCCAUUCUUGUGGGUGCAAAAUUGAUUGAGUACCCACUUGAUCGGAUGUGGAGUUAUUCGGACGAAGAUCUGUGUGAAAAUGAAUUGUCAUCAUCCAACAAUGGCAACCCUUGGUGUCCGCUUCAUGGCCAACAAAAAAUACCACAACCCUCAAAAUUAGUAGAAUUCUACUCAAUCUUUAUUGGUCGUAAAGAAUUGGCAGCAUUGAAUAUUUAUGGCACUGUUGAAUUCUCUUCCAAUAAUCAUACUGAGUAUCUCUUCAAGAAGACUAGUAAUGAUGCUGUGGAAGUAAAAGGUUCACAGAAAGUUUUGCCAUUCAUAGAUGUGUAUAGGAAGGUUGUCCAAUACAAAAUGCUCGAACUUAAGGUCAAUCUAAAAGAUGUUGGUGGGAAAUUUCAGAACAAAGCUUUUGCUAUCCAUGACCUUGGAGUUGUAUACCAUGGUUUACCUCAUAACACUCAAAUAUGUUCUGUUUUUCCGGGAAAAGAUGGGUUUUGUGCAUUGCAUUACUCCAUAUUCUCAGACGCGUGUAAUGCGAACAUCGAGAUCCUUUUUAGGAUUAAGGGUACUCAGUUAGGGGCUGGCAUGAUCUAUGGAAGUGCAGUCGCUCAAUAUAUCAACUUUGACUACUCAACUGAGUUCAAGAGAGAUUAUUUUCGGAGCGUACUUUUCGAAAGGACUGAGAAGAAUCCAUUACAAUUAGAGAGUGAUGGGAAAGUACCACUCUCUCGAAGUCUUGUUGCAGUGCCAAUGGAUUCGUCCCUCAUUAUUGACAUAGAUUUUUGUUGCAUGUCUCUGAAUGAUCAUCUAUCAUGCAAGGAAAUGUUCAGGAUUGGACGCUGCUGCUCUAAAACAGAGAAAAAUGAUCUUGAACUUGUCAUCAACUGCACCUGGAGUGAUGGUAAGUAGUUAUAUUUUUUGUUAUGCUUCGCAUUUUAGCCUCUAUUAUUUCUGUUUUUGGUUAACUAGAAUAUGUCCCAAAACUAUGCAGUGUGUCCGGUCUCUCAAGUGUUAGAGUCCCACAUUUGGUUAUUUUAUAAAGAUAGGUUUAAAAG